CCGCCGCUCCCGGGGGAGGUCCCGGUGCCCGCGCGGUUCCCGGGGACGCGGCUCCUUCUCGGCGGGGUUUGUUUGUUUGUUUGUUUGUUUCCCCCGGCCCAGCCGAUGCUGCUGGCCCCGUCCCGCCUGCCGAAGCUCUUACCCCGUCUCUGCACCCUCCGCUCCAGCCUGGCCAUGAGCGGCGUUACCGGCGCCUUCACCAGCAACCAGCCCCUCAACUACCGGGCGGGUGCCCGCGUCCAGCCCGCCGAUGUCAGCCAGACCGAGGAGGUGUACGAACCGGCUACCGGUCGUGUGAUAAGCAAGCUGCCCUGCUCUGGGGAGAAGGAGGUUGAUCUGGCAGUGCAGAGUGCCAAAGCUGCCUUUCAAAUAUGGGGCCAGAUGUCGGGCAUGGAGAGGAACAGGGUGUUGCUGGAGGCUGCCAGAAUUAUUCGGGAGCAGAGGGAAGAAAUUGCCACCUUGGAAACCAUCAACAACGGGAAAUCCAUCUUUGAAGCCAGAGUGGACAUUGACAUAUCCUGGCAGUGCCUGGAGUAUUAUGCAGGACUGGCAGGAUCUCUAGCUGGUGAACACAUCCAACUUCCUGGAGGAUCCUUUGGGUACACUCGGAGAGAGCCCCUUGGGGUGUGUGUUGGGAUUGGAGCCUGGAAUUACCCUUUCCAGACUGCCUGCUGGAAGGCUGCCCCAGCCUUGGCUUGUGGCAAUGCGAUGGUCUUCAAGCCUUCUCCCUUCACCCCACUUUCAGUGGUGAGGUUGGCAGAGAUCUUCACAGAGGCUGGUGUACCCAAGGGGCUCUUCAACGUGGUGCAGGGUGGGGCAGCCACAGGCCAGUUCCUCUGUCAUCACCCAGAUGUGGCCAAAAUCUCUUUUACUGGCAGUGUGCCAACUGGCAUCAAGAUCAUGGAGAUGGCAUCUAAAGGGAUCAAACCAGUUACCCUGGAACUGGGGGGCAAAUCCCCCCUUAUCAUCUUUUCGGACUGUGACUUUGAGAACGCCGUGAAGGGAGCCCUGAUGGCAAACUUCCUCACGCAGGGCGAGGUAUGCUGCAAUGGCACACGUGUGUUUGUGGAGAGGAAGAUCCUGGAUGCCUUCACAAAGGAGGUGGUGAAACGCACCCAGACAAUCAAAAUCGGAGACCCGCUCCUGGAAGAUACGCGGAUGGGAGCCCUGAUCAACCGGCCCCACCUGGAUCGUGUCCAGGGCUUUAUCAAGCAGGCAAAGGAGCAGGGGGCAAAGGUGCUGUGUGGUGGGGACCUGUAUGUGCCAGAUGACCCGAAGCUAAAGAACGGCUACUACAUGCAACCCUGUGUGUUAGGGAACUGCACAGAUGACAUGACCUGUGUGAAGGAAGAGAUCUUUGGGCCUGUCAUGUCCAUUCUGCCAUUUGACACAGAGGAGGAGGUUGUGGAGAGAGCCAACACCACCAAAUUUGGCCUGGCAGGUGGUGUCUUUACCAGGGACAUCCAGAAGGCUCAUAGGGUGGUGGCUGCUCUCAAGGUUGGGAUGUGCUUCAUUAACAACUACAAUGUCAGCCCUGUGGAGCUGCCUUUUGGAGGAUACAAGGCAUCAGGAUUUGGCAGGGAGAACGGGCGGGCAGCCAUGGAAUGCUACUCACAGCUGAAAACUGUCUGUGUGGAGAUGGGUGACGUGGAAUCUGUGUUUUAGUGGCUCUGGGGAGCAUCAGCCAGUUCUUGCCUGUCAGCCAGAGAUGCGGAUCAUUUACACAGCAAUAAAGGGCUCUGAAAUUGUAAGUGCCUGCAGGGGAGCCUUGCUGAAGCAGCGUUUCUCCACCCUGCUCCUGCAAGGGGAAAUGUACACACAAGGCUUAGGCUGGGGGCCUGCUCUGCCCUGUCUGGUGGAAGGGGGGACCCUCAGAGUAGAAGGCAGCUUUUAGUAGCAGCAUGUACAGCUAUGUAGGUGUUACCAGAGGCUUGUCAGUGGCAGAGGCCUAGCCCCUGCUGCUUCCCUUGCUGUGUGCCUCGAACCCCAUGACCUUCCACCCUCAGUCAACUUCAGUUUUGACUUCUUAACAGCAAUGAUCCUACUCAAUGCGUGUGCAAACUCUUGGACACAUUGAUAUCCUGUAGCUGUAGGCUCUUGUCUAUUCUCUGACUACAUAAAAGCCUGAGGGGUAGGCUUGCUUAUUGCCUCUAGCCCCCUUGUAAACACAAGCCUUGUUUUUUCUAUCUGUACCAUACCUCCAAGGUGGGACAAAAUAGUGUGGGGAGGGUGAGCUGAUGCUGCCUGGGACAGGCAUGGCCCUGAGAAUUGUCUCCACACACAGGUAUGGAGCACAACCAGAGUGGCAGCACAUUCCAGCAUAGGAUAGAGUGCUGCUGCUCUUAAGCAAAAGCUAUUUGACUUCCUUCCUAUAGGCCUCCUAUUCUUUAUAAACAACUUUAAAUGUUUACCCAUGUUGUUUCUAAUAAUCAAAUAAAUAUGAGCCCUGUUCAGAA